UAAACCAGAUGUUUGCGUAGAACAAUUGAGUUAUGAAAUUUGGUUGGCUGUGUAGAGUGUGUUCAAAUAUCACUUGGUGAUAAGCGAAUACGAGAUGCCUGAUUGCUUGCUUGCAAGUUCAGCUGUCAUUCAAUAUGAAUUCCUGGCUAUUGUGUGUGGUGUUUUUGUUUGCGGGUGCAACAAGUGGUUAUAAAAUACUAUUUUUGUCGCCACUACAUGGACAAAGCCAUUGGUUAUUUUCACAGAAUGUGAUAAAGGCUCUUUUGAAUCGACACCAUGAAGUUACGUGUAUAACACCAUUAACGUGGCCCGAUCCAAAGCCGUUCAACUAUACCGAAGUUCUGGCUUCUUCUUCGAUUGAUUUAAGCCCAAUUCUGCCACAGAAAAAAUCCAUCGAAGCACAAAGUGAAUCAGCUCUAUCCGAUUUUUUGCUGUUCACAAAAGCUGGCAAAAUGAUGGCCGACCAUUUGUUGAGCAAUACAAAUGUUCAGCGAUUUCUACUUCGCAACGAUCUCAGCUUUGAUUUAGUCAUCAAUGAGGAAUUUUUUCUGGAAAGCCUCUCGAUGUUUGGUUUUAAGUUCAAUGCACCACUUAUAACCCUUAGUUCGCAUGGACAUUUUGAUUUCUUCGAUCGGCAAUUCGGUUUACUGACUCCUUGGAGCUAUGUUCCACAUACGAUACUCGACUACUCAGAUGAGAUGUCACUUUUUGAACGAUUGCACAACACUGUGAUUUCACUCACUGACUGGGCGGUUCGUCGAUUCAUUCACAUUCCCAACCAAAUGGAAAUAGCUGAAAAACACUUCGAACACUUGGGAAAGUUACCGUCAAUUGACGACUUGGUGAAGAAUGUGUCGGUGAUUUUAAUCAAUAUGCAUCGAUUUUUUUUACCACCAAGACCAUCGAUGCCGGGCAUCGUUUAUUUUGCUCAUAUUGAACAGCCAUUAAGAUUACCCGCUGAUAUACAGACAUUUUUAGAUGGAGCUAAAGAUGGAGUGAUCUUCUUCAGUUUUGAGACAUUUAGGAGUAGUGAAAUGCCACCAGAGCGAUUGAAAGUGUUCUUAGAUGCAUUAGGGCAGAUUAAGCAACGUGAUUGGAAAUAUGAUGAUGAAUCAAUUCAAAAUGUUCCAUCAAAUGUACUCGUUCGUUGAGUGCAGCGAAGUGACAUCUUAGCUCAUCCGAAUGUUGUUCUAUUCAUCAGCUAUGGCGAAAUGUUGGGUAACUUCGAAUCAAUUUAUCGCGGAGUGCCCUUGUUGAUGAUUCCAUUUGUUGGUGAUCAAUUUAGAAAUUCAAAACGAGCCGAACGAGCCGAACGAGCCGAACGAGCCGAACGAGCCGAACGAGCCGGAUAUGCAAAGCAGUUACAUUUCAACGAACUCAACACCGAUUCACUGAAUUUGCGAUUAUUUGUGGUGCUUUCAAUGUUCAUAACCUUCGGAAAUGGAUACAAAGUCCUUGUUCUUUCGCCAAUGAAUGGAAAAAGUCACUUUUUGUACAUGCAAACAUUUGUGAAAGCACUUCUUGAUAGAGGUCAUGAGGUCGCAUUUCUUACCAGCAAUUCAAUAGAAAACUUAAAAUCAUCAAAUUACACCGAAUACCUAAUCAAUCCACCGUUGGAUCUUACAGGUGCACUUCCACAAAGUAAAAUGUUGGAUGAUUUUGAUGGUUCGGUAUUCGCCAGCAUAUCCAUGUUGUCAUUCUUUCCAAAAAUGAUGAACGAAUACAAUCUCCAAAGUGAAGCAGUUCAAAAGUUAAUUCAUAGCACUGACUUACAGUUUGAUGUUAUCGUCAUGGAGGAUUUUUUUGGCGAAAGUUACCUAGCAUUUGCGCAUAAAUUCAAUGCACCAGUGGUGAAAAUUUGUCCAUUUGGAUCAGCUGAUUUUAAUGAUCGGGAAACGGGACUGUUGACCCCUUCAUCUUUUGUGCCACAUUGGAUGCUAACUUAUUCAGAUAAUAUGUCAUUUACUGAACGAUGGUACAAUACAAUGGUUGCUCUCUAUGAUUGGGUUAUUCGCAAUUUUGUAUAUCUUCGGAAUGAGGAAGCGUUUACACGACGAUUCUUUGCUCAUUUAGAGCCGUUGCCAUCGAUGGACGAGCUAAUCCAAAAAGUUGCCGUGAUUUUAGUUAACACACAUCGGGCUAUUUCACCUCCCCGACCAACGAUGCCAGGCGUGAUAAACAUUGGCGGAGCUCAUCUCAAACCGCCCAAACCACUUCCAAAAGAUAUCCAAAAAUUCUUAGACGAAUCAAAAGACGGAGUCAUCUAUUUCAGUUUGGGAACAGUGGUGAAGAGUUCUCUACUGCCUAAAGAGAAAAUUCAAGUCUUUUUAGAUUCAUUCAAACAUCUGAAGCAACGUGUAAUUUGGAAGUAUGAGGAUUCGUUAACCAAUGUUCCAUCAAACGUGAUGAUUCUUAAAUGGGCCCCACAGAACGACAUACUAGCACACAAAAAUGUCAUACUCUUCAUUUCACACGGUGGUGGAUUCGGAACAACUGAAUCACUUUGGAAUGGAGUACCAAUGCUGAUUAUACCAUUUUUCGGUGACCAACAUCGUAACGCCCAUCGAGUCCAGAACGCCGGCUACGGAAAGUAUUUGAAUUUCAAAAAAAUCACCAAAGAAUCGCUGUCAAAGACACUCGAUGAGCUGGUUUCGAAUGAAUCCUACUUAAACAAAGCCAAAGAGAUCUCCGCCGUUUUCAGAGAUAAUCCAGUGCACCCAAUGGAAGAAGCCAUGUUCUGGAUCGAGCACGUCGCCAAAUUCAAGGGUGCAAAGCACUUUCAAUCACACGCUGUUCACAUGUCGCUGUUCUCGUAUCUACUACUUGACGUUCUAGCCGUGAACGUGCUUGGAGU